CUGUAGCCACCUGAGCGCCCAUCUCGCGUUCCUGUGUUACAGCGGCUUUUUACAUCUAGAAGGUGAUUGCCAUUAUAGGGUUGGAAGUUACCAAACCCUGUGCACUAGGCAUUAACCCGAGCAAAUGGGACAAGAGUCUUCUGGGCCUUGUGCAUUGUCCUCUGGUGACUCUCUUUCCUCUAUCCUAGAUACCACCUGCCAAGCCGGUAGUUAUUAUGACUUCUGUGGCCCUGCCUGCCCUGCCACUUGUGCCAGCCUUAGUGCACCCCUGCUCUGCACAAAGCCCUGCGUGGCGGGAUGCUUCUGCAGGGAAGGCUAUGUUCUGGACGCUGGAGUCUGCGUGCCUGUGAGCCGGUGCGGCUGCACGCUGAAGGGUCAGUAUCACCAGCUGGGAGAGGAGGUGAUCCUGACAGACACCUGCCGCAGGAAAUGCAGCUGCCGGCAGCCUGCCCAGCCCAUGGAGUGCCAGGAUCAUGCCUGCGGGGCUCUGGAGAUAUGCCGCGUUGUUGGUGGCAUCCGAGGCUGUUACCCUGUGAAGUUUGGCACCUUAUGGGUGUUCGGCCACUCCCACUACACCACAUUCGAUGGAGUCAUGUUUGAUUAUCAAGGAGUCUGCAAGUACACCCUAAGCAAGUACUGUGGCCCCCCGGGGAGCCUCCCCAACUUCACCAUCCAAGUGGUGAAUGAGCCGAAAAGCUCCAUUGCGGUGUCCUGGACGCGCCUGGUGGAGCUAGAUGUCUACGGGGAGCGUAUUGCUAUAGCGGGGGGCCAGUACGGCCAGGUGCAGGUGAAUGGAUCCCUGGUCAAUCUGCCCCUGGUCCUUGCAUCGGGCAAACUCUACGCCUAUUACAGCGGCUCGUCUGCUGUGCUCCAGACUGACUUUGGCCUCUCUGUGUCCUACGACUGGUCCCACUCUGUGUCGGUUUCUGUUUCUGAGAUCUACUUUGGGUCACUGUGUGGACUCGGUGGGGAUUUCAAUGGGAACCGAAGUGAUGAUUUCCGGACCCCUAAUGGUUCUGUGGUCCAUGACGCCGUCACCUUUGGCAAUAGCUGGAAGGAUGCUGAUUCCCCUUUUCAUUGCACGGCCGUUGGGCUCCCAGCCCAAUGUAACGAAGUAGAACUAGCCCAAUACAGAUCUCAGAGCUACUGCGGGGUCAUCGCAGACACUGCUGGGCCUUUUAAAGAGUGUAACCAGCUGGUUGAUGCUCAGAUCCAUUUGGAGAACUGCGUGAGGGAUGUGUGUGUGACUCGGGGCAGCCGGGAGACCCUGUGUGAAGUGCUUCGCAGUUAUGCCCAGCAGUGCCAAAGUCGCGGCAUUGCCAUUGAGCCAUGGAGACAGCGGGCUGUGUGCGAGUUAACUUGUCCCCCGAACAGCCACUAUGAGCUCUGUGGACCUUCCUGCCCGGCCUCUUGUGCCCACCCAGCUGUGCCCUCCCGCUGCCGGACUGCGUGUGAAGAAGGGUGCCAGUGUGACCCUGGCUUUGUGCGGAGUGGCACUGACUGUGUGCCUCCAGAGCAGUGCGGCUGCACCCACAAUGGCAGAUACCACCUGGCAGGGGAAAGCUUCUGGGAAGGAGAAAAUUGCCGGAGAUUGUGCAGAUGUGACGGCUCCUCCCACGCUGUCCAGUGCUCCCGCUCUGCCUGUGCCCCUGGGGAAUUCUGUGGCACUCGAAAGGGGGCUUAUGGGUGCCAUGAGCGAACCAACGGCAUCUGCUGGGCUUCUGGUCUGCCCCAUUACACUACGUUUGAUGGGAAGCGGUACGAUUUCCAGGGCACCUGCAAAUAUGUGUUUGCUGAACUGUGUGGGGCAUCAAAGUCCUUAUCCUUCUUCAGAGUGGAAGUGAAGAACGGAAACCUGCCCCAGGUUCCUAUGGCUGUGAUCUCGGAGGUGUUUGUCCUUGUGAACAAGACUGAGAUCCAUCUGCAGAGAGGGCAGCACGGGACGGUCAAGGUAAUUCCAUGGGGCUAGUUCUCCCUGGGAAAGCACGGUAACACCAUCUGUGGAGAUUUAACCAGCACCAUCACUCAGAACUUCCUGAAACGGUCACAAUUCAUGCCAUGUCUCCACUAGCAAGCUUACAGUGACACAGCUGUACCGAUGCAGCCGCUGUAUGCUGAGAGGGGAGCGCUCGCCCAUCGAAAUCAUGAAACUACCCCCACCCAGCGGCAGGAGCUAUGUCGGCAUGAGACGCUCUCCCACCAACAUAGCACUGUCCUCACCAGCGCCUGUGUCAGUGUAACUUAUGUCAGUCAAGGGGGAGUUUUUUUCACACCCCUGAGUGAAAUAAGUUUUUCGGACAUAAGUGGUUGUGUAGACAUACUCCAUGCCUAUCUCUGCCUGAGGGCGAACUGCUGGGGUAACAUUUGCUCUGAAAAAGCUUAGCUAUUUAUCCAAACAAGAAGAAUGAAACCCCCCGAGAAUUUGCCUGUUACCAACAGUUAUUUCAGAGUUGAUUCGAGCAUGUCUAGUGUCAAAGCAGCUGGGGAGAGAAGAGUGAAAUAGACCUGGGCACUAGUCACCAUUGAGGAGAAUUGUCUUUGAGAGUAUGGAUGAAAUUAGCUCUUUAGUAGUCUGAAAAUGGCCCC